AGUCCGAGGGGCGCACAGCGAAGUGCUUUCCGAGGCGGCUUGGUCGCCGCCGGGGCGUUACCGCGGGGGGCUGGGGCCGCCGAGGCCGGGCGCGGCGUGUGCGGGCCGCCACCAUGUCCAUCUUCACCCCCACCAACCAGAUCCGCCUGACCAAUGUGGCCGUGGUGCGCAUGAAGCGCGCGGGCAAGCGCUUCGAGAUCGCCUGCUACAAGAACAAGGUUGUCGGCUGGCGCACUGGCGUGGAGAAAGACCUCGAUGAAGUUCUGCAGACCCACUCGGUGUUUGUGAACGUCUCGAAGGGUCAGGUUGCAAAGAAGGAUGACCUCAUUAGCGCGUUUGGAACCGACGACCAGACUGAAAUCUGCAGACAGAUUCUGACUAAAGGAGAACUUCAGGUUUCAGACAAGGAGAGGCACACACAGCUGGAGCAGAUGUUUAGGGACAUUGCAACGAUAGUAGCCGACAAAUGUGUGAACCCUGAAACAAAGAGACCAUACACCGUUAUUCUGAUAGAGCGAGCCAUGAAAGACAUCCACUAUUCGGUCAAAACCAACAAGAGCACGAAACAGCAGGCUUUGGAGGUAAUCAAGCAGCUGAAGGAGAAAAUGAAGAUAGAGCGUGCACACAUGAGACUGCGGUUCAUCCUCCCGGUGAACGAGGGCAAGAAGCUGAAGGAGAAGCUCAAGCCGCUCAUCAAGGUCGUGGAAAGCGAGGACUACAGUCAGCAGCUGGAAAUGGUGUGCCUCAUUGACCCGGGCUGCUUCCGAGAAAUCGAUGAGCUCAUUAAGAAGGAAACCAAAGGCAGAGGUUCGUUGGAGGUGCUGAGUCUGAAAGACGUGGAGGAAGGAGACGAGAAGUUUGAAUGACGUCAGUCUCCCGGACUGUAAAACACCCCGGCUGA